UAGGUUUGUUAUAGUUUAGCAAAAUAAAAUGUACAAAUACAUUUUGUGAAUACCUGUAUUCGUCAAGAACUAUGAUUACUUUUAAAGAUGAUGGUAGAAAGGAAUCUAUAAUAAUUUUGAAAUGUACGUAAGUCCGUUCGCAAUAAUAUCUAUAAUGGCAUUACAUUUUUCACAUUCUUCAAAAUGGCCGGACCCAUUUAAAGAUGAGGUUACGUAUGUAGAUAAUCCGAUAGAAUCGGGGUUUCCAGGACACUGGUUGCCCCUUAGUAUUAUAAAGAAGAUUAUGGAAAUGCGAGUCCUGACACUGGCGACUGAAGCUGUCACAAAUAUACAGAAAAAUAAUAAGCUAAAAUUACAUGCGUCGACCAAAAGGGUAAAAGGUAGAAAAAUAAGCAAAAAUGUCUCGACUAAAGUAACUCAGAAUAAGCAAACUACGACAUCUCUAUCAUUAAGUUCCCAUGUAAAAAGUAAGGAUACUGAUGAAGCCUUAACUGCCGAUAAUAGUGUGUCCGCAUCAGAGACGUUAGUAACUACACCACUCUUAACACCCCCUGAAGCUAAACCAGCAGUUUUGUCUACGUCUAUUCCUACAACUGUUACUGAAGAUGUUCUAACUGAGCUUACUACCCAACCAACAUCAAUAACUGAAGUCACAUCCUAUAUAACACAAACACCAACACUUGUGCCUAUCGAGGCAUCAACACUAACCGUAACAAAAACAAUUUUGUCGACAAUUACAAAAACAACGACAAAACCACCAACUAUUAUAGAAAGCUCUGCACCCUGCACAACUAAAACAUUAACUACAACGACAACUACUUCAACAACAACAAAACCAAUACCUACGACAACUACUUCAACAACAACAAAACCACCAACAACUACGACAACUACUUCAACAACAACAAAACCACCAACAACUACGACAACGUCAGUAACAACGUCAACAACAACGAUACCUAAAACAGUAACCACCACGACAACGUCUACAACCGCGAUACCUACAACUGUGACUACCAUGUCAACAUCAUCUACAACGACAACUGAGACUGGAGAUCCCUUUUACUAGAUAGUAUUUAUUUAAAAUUUUCUUAAUAAAAUUCUAAGAAAUA